AUGAUCUCCUGCAAGAUGAUGAGUUCUAAUUCAGAGGAGGACACUUUGGAUGCUUUUCUCCAGUAUAUAGAGGAUAUGGGAAUGAAGGCCUAUGAUGGCUUGGUUAUUCAGAAUGCAUCAGACAUUGCUCGAGAGAAUGAUCGCUUACGGAAUGAAACAAACCUGGCUUACUUGAAAGAAAAGAAUGAAAAACGCCGCAAACAAGAAGAAGCAAUAAAACGCAUAGGUGGAGAAGUUGGGCGAGGACACGAAGGAAGUUAUGUGGGCAAACAUUUCCGAAUGGGAUUUAUGACCAUGCCUGCUCCUCAGGACAGACUUCCUCAUCCUUGUUCGAGUGGCUUUUCCGUGAGGUCCCAGUCUCUUCACUCAGUGGGGGGUACGGAUGAUGACAGCAGCUGUGGCUCUCGGAGACAGCCUCCACCAAAGCCAAAGCGGGACCCCAGUACAAAACUGAGCACUUCAUCAGAGACCGUCAACGCCACAGCAACGGGUAAAAGCGUGAGACUCCCCGAGAGGACAGAAGGACCAGCCAAACCCAGACCCCACAGUGAUGAAUAUUCCAAGAAGAUUCCUCCUCCUAAACCUAAGCGAAACCCAAACACCCAGCUAAGCACAUCUUUUGAUGAAACCUAUAUUAAAAAGCAUGGGCCUACAAAGACUUCGCUGACACGGGACACCUCCUUAUCACAGGUGAGCAGUCCUGCUCUAGAUGCUGAGGAAGAGGAACCUGUGUACAUUGAAAUGGUGGGGAAUAUUUUAAGAGACUUCAAGAAAGAGGAAGAUGACCAAAGUGAGGCAGUUUAUGAGGAAAUGAAAUAUCCUAUUUUUGAUGACGUUGGCCAAGAGUCAAAAUGUGAAAUGGACCAUCACAGCUGCUCUUCUCAGUGUGCUACGCCCACAGUGCCUGACUUGGACCUCACCAAGUCCUCAGUGCCAUGUACUCCAAAGGGUUUGCUUUGUGAUAUCCCCCCUCCCUUUCCAAACUUACUCUCUCAUAGACCCCCACUGCUGGUGUUCCCUCCAGCACCUGUCCAGUGUUCCCCCAAUUCUGAUGAGUCACCUCUAACUCCUCUUGAGGUCACAAAGCUUCCUGUGUUGGAAAAUGUGUCUUACAUCAAACAGCAGGCUGGAGCUUCUCCAUCGUCACUGCCAUCUCAUAGCUCUGGUCAUCCCAAAUCAGAGAAAGACCAGACAAUAGCUCAUGGACCCUCUUCUUCUUCCUCUUCUGUUCAUUCUUCGUCACCUCCCCAUCCUUCCACUUUAUAUAGAACACCAUCUCCACAUGGAUACCCUAAAAGUCAUUCUGCUUCACCUUCUCCUGUUAGUAUGGGGAGAUCACUUACUCCCUUAAGCCUCAAAAGACCACCACCCUAUGAAUCUUUACAUUCAGGAAGCAUCUCAAUAAGUUCUCCAUCAGUGCCUCAUGCUACAGCCAGAAACACAUUACAGGAAGGAGGGAAGAUGGUAAAUGCCUCUGUCAGUACCUAUGGGUCAUCUCAGAGUGGCUCCCGCUCCAGAACGCCCACAAGUCCUUUAGAAGAGCUCACCAGCCUCUUUACCUCAGGACGAAGCUUGCUGAGGAAGUCCUCCAGUGGAAGAAGAUCAAAAGAACCUGCAGAGAAACCAACAGAUGAGUCGAAGAUAAGAAGCCACAGUACAGAACCACUACCAAAGCUGGAAAACAAAGAGAGAGGCCAUCACAGGGCAUCUUCCUCUAGAGAGCCAAUAAAAGCUCAGGAAUGGGAUGGAACACCAGGACCACCAGUAACAUCCAGUAGACUGGGAAGAUCCUCUGUUAGUCCAACCUUAUUAGCAGGAAACAGCAGCUCAGAGCCUAAAGUAAGCUGCAGAUUAGGUCGAUCUGCAUCCACAUCAGGUGUGCCUCCUCCGUCAGCAUCAGUUACUCCUCUCAGGCAAGCCAGCGAUCUGCAACAGAGCCAGGUACCAUCAUCGUUAGGCAAUCGUGAAUGA